CAGUAGGGACCCAACCAUACGUAAGUAGAUUGGUACACAACUUAAAGAAACAGCACUAUAAUGACACCAUAUUUGCUAUAAUUCUAAACCGGUUUAUACCCAAUGUACAAUGGAAUAUCCAUGAAACGCUUGUGAAGAUUCUCCUGUCGGCUUUACUUUCUACAUUGUACCAUACGUUAUGGGCAAUAUUUUCAAUGGCAGACAUAAUUAUGUGUCUGACAAUGAAAAAUUCAUAAUAAAAAUAUUUGUUUUCUUAUUCUAAGUAUACAUAUUUUUGACUUAUCUAUACAGCAUGGUACACGUAUCUCUAGAAUGUAUGCAAUCACUUUUAGGGGAUAUUUAGUUAGCGAUAUCAAAAGAAAUACACAAGAGAAAAUAACAUUGUGCAGAUUUUAAGUGAAUAGAGAGGGUAUCCAUUGUGUUGUAAUGAAAUUAUGAUGGACGCAUCUUAUUGAUACCUAGCUAAUUUAAGCCACAGGAACGUACAUAGACAAAUUCGCCUCCUUAUUAUGAAAGGUGAAGAUAAGCAAACAGUGAUCAAUCUCUUACAAGUAGUACAAAAUAGAGAGCCGGACAAACAAAGGCCCCGGACACAUCAGAGCUGGGAUAUGGUGCCUAGGAGGAGUAAGCAUCCCCCGUCGACCGGUAACAUCCACCGCGAGUCUCACGUCUUGAACAGGUAAACGGAGUUAUCCGUAGUUAAAAUCAGUGUGCCAAGAACGCUUUAACAAUCAGUAUGAAAUACGUCAGACAGCAUUUGAACCAUUGAUAGGUUGUAUUGGCAAACUAUUUCUUUCUUUGAAUUAAUUGCACCAAAUUUCCUUCAUGAAAGGAAGUAUUUUAGAUAAAAUUGUUGGCAUUUUACACAAUGUUUUAUUUGUUAUUUUGUAUGUACUACAACGUUCAUCCAAGCAUAUUUGAAUAUAUAUAUAUUGAGUAAUGAAGUCGUGCUUUGUUCGAUACCUCUAUUUAACACAAUUUAUUUCAAAUUAUCCUCAUUUUGUAUAACUUCCCUGUAAAACUUUUCCGCUCGAGCUAUUUCAAUGAAUGGCGAUAAAACUAAGCUGAGAGACAAAGAGGUGAUGGGUACUAUAUGAAAAUAAUACCAUUUUAGUUAGUUGAUCAAUCAAUGUCAUUGAAUUGCCAUAUAUAUUUAAUGAAUGGGAAUAGGGAGAGAAAGCGGAAGUGCGUAAUUUGACGAGAUUGAACGAGAUUUUAGCUACUGGAGAUAAACAAAUCCACGUGGUAACGGUAAAUAGAUAACAGGAUGUCAUUUUCCAUCCUAUAUUGGUUGAAUUACGUGUCUGGAACCAAAAAACUUCAUCAAAAGUCCGAGUUAGCGGUAAAAGCAGAUCAUGUACUAAAAUUUAUGUUCGAUCCCGAACUUAAUUACGUCUAGGGAAGAGUUCAAGCCAAUAUGAGAGACAGAAGUUACCACGUCAGUGUAAGUGCACGUUCUGUGUCAAUUUCCGCCUCAAUAUUACUAAUUAUUUUUUUUAACUUGUCAGAAAGUAUUCAUUCUGUUCCUUCAUUUAGGUCAAAUUAGGCGAUAACCACACAGUUUCUGACAGCAUACGUGAUUGUGUGAACGGGCAGGAUAAAUGUCAUCACAAGGCAUCUCUCCUUUUAUAUGGUUAUAAGAAUGUUAGCAAGACGGAUGUGAGGGCUUCUUGGAUCCAGCAUCCUAAGAAAGCACCACCAAAGAAAACAACCACUAUGGAUGAGCUUUUUCCACCUUCACAAAAAGUGGCCAAUUACAGCUAUGCUGUGGAUAGUGUCAAAAGAACCCCCAUUCCCUACACAGGAUAUUCCUUAUGUAGAAGAUUUAUUGCUGGGAGAAGCUUACACUAGUGCUACAGACAAGAUACAGUGGUUGAAGACAAAUCUUGCUAUCCAAAGGGGGAAAAUAGAGCAGGUUGCCCAAUUGACUGUUGGGCAGAGGAACAACCAUCUUUGGGCUUUGGUCAGGAAAAACCGCUUAACUGCAUCCAACUUUGGUAAAGUGCUUGCUGCUAUCCGACGAAAUAGGUUUCCUCCAUCAUUAUUCAAACAGGUUCUGGGCUCUUGUGAUUUGUCAACAAAAAAUACCAUUCUAUGGGGUAUCAACAAUGAGUCAGUUGCCAAAGCAAAGUAUUGCUCAUACGGUGAUGCAGUUGUUGAAGAAACAGGGGUGUGGCUACAUGAAAGUGGUGUUUUAGGGGCAAGUCCUGAUGGGAUUAUCCGCCGUGCAGCAACCCACAAAUAUAACCAUCAAAUAGCUCAACUGACAAACAUACUGGAGACAAUGAAAUUGAUGCCAGAGAUUUUGGAAGUUAAAUGUCCUUUCAGUGCCAGGAAUAUGACUAUUCCUGAGGCCAUUGUAUCAAUCAAAGACUUCUGUUUAGACUUCCAGGUUCAUGAUGGCAGACAGAUGUACAAGCUAAAGGAAGAUCACAUCUAUUAUGAUCAAGUACAGGGACAGCUACAUAUUCAGUACAAAUCCGCUUGUGACUUUGUUGUGUGGACCAUCAAGGACAUUGCCAUAGUUAGGGUUCUUCAAGAUAGCGCAUGGGACCAGAACAUUGCAAAACUUAUUGACUUUUACUUCACAUAAAUAACCCCCAUUGUUCAGAAGUAAAAUGUCAGUUUAUUUAGUUUUUUCUUUAUCUUAUAUUGAUAAACUCAUGUUGCUGAAACAUAACCAAAUGCUGGUGAAAGGUUUCAAAAUAGACCUAUGCUCGAAAGUUAUGGC